AUGAAGCUGCUGCUGGUAACGGUGCCGACGAUGGAACGAUGUUUUAAUAGUGACAUGUUGCCAACACGUGCUGAUGAUCAGUUUUCCUUCAUUUUCUUCCAUAUUGACUAUCUAUCUAUCUAUCUAUCUAUCUAUCUAUCUAUCUAUCAAUCUCAGUCUGUUUCUAUCUAUCUAUCUAUCUAUCUAUCUAUCUAUCUAUCUAUCUAUCUAGUCUAUCUAUCUUAUCUGUUUCUAUCUAUCUAUCUAUCUAUCUAUCUAUCUCAGUCUGUUUCUUUCUAUUUAUCUCAUUCACUCUCUACUGAUUUAUCUAUCACAACCGCUAAAGGAGAACACUUUCUCUUUUACAACUCUUCUUCUUCUCCUCCGCCUCCUCCUCCUCUUUCUCCUCCUCCUCCUCCUUCUUCUUCUUCUUCUUUUUUUUCUUCUUUUCAUUCUUUCCUUCCUUCCUUCCUUUCUUCUUCUUCUUCUUCUUCUUCUUCUUCAUUCAUUCAUUCUUCUUCUUCUUUGUAG